UACGCAGGUGCAAGUGUACUGUUUCCGGAACCGGUAAAACAGUAAAACUCUCUUGUUUUCUAAAUUUCUGAUACUUGUGACAAUCCUGCGAAAUGUCAGCGUUUCCUGUGAUUGGAACCACUGGAUUCUAUAAGGCUCCAAUCAGCAAAUGCCUCCUACUGCUUUCUCCAGUGGCUUCGUUUGCUCUUGCCUUUCCACUGCAACACUACCAGCAUCUGUUUAUCUACAAUCCACAGACGAUUUUUGACAACAGUCAGGUAUGGAGAGUAUUCACUUCCAAGCUGGUUUUUCUUGAUGCUAAAGAUCUGAUCAUUUGCUGCAUGCUGUUCUACUACUUCCGUAUUUUCGAGAGACGAUAUGGUUCCAGGAAGUUUGCCUCACAUUUGUUAGUGUCUGGUAUCCUAGCAACACUGUUAGAGAUGCUUGCCGUUUUUGCAUGUCACAGCCUCAAAAUAGACGUGGACUUUCUGACAACGGGCCCAUUUUAUUUAGUCUACCCAUUGUUUGUACCAUACUACUUUGAUAUUCCACGAGUUGCCAUGACAACAAUUAUGGGUGUGCCAGUAACAGGAAAAACACUUACCUAUAUUCUAGGGUUACAGAUUGCUAGUGGCAGUUUUGAAUCCAGAUUAGUUGCAGCUUGUGGAAUUAUGGCAGGACUGUUAAUGCGAGUUAAUUUUCUCAAGUUGCGGUCGAUAAUCUUCAUUCCGAAUGUAGUCGCUAAAUUAUUUAGCUCGACACUUGGCAGAUUGUUAGAGUCGAGUCCUCCGAAGAGUCCCCAGCUUCCGAUGGGUGCCACGCUAGAGUUACAGAGACAAGAACAGCUGGACAGGCUGGAACAGCAGAUGGUUUGGACAUUUCAAAAUAAUCAGCAGCAAAACAGAAACCAUAUUGAAAUUGGAAGACCACAGCCUCUGAAUUUAGCUCAGGGUCCUGGAAUAUUUGGUAAUGAAGACUUUCGUCCUGGUUUAAGACAGAGAUUAAAUCCAGGUAAUGCAGAGGUUGAAGAAAAUCAUCAAAAUAUAUCAGGUCCAGUUUCCGAAGAACAGGUACAGAGGCUUGUGGAGAUGGGAUUUAACCAGGAACGAGUCCGGCAGGCACUACAAGUUUCAAACAAUGACAUUUCCAUGGCAACUACAGUCCUCCUACAAGAGACGUGACAGACGCAUGUGAAGGAACUAAGAUAUAAUAAUAAAACUGACACUGAAACAAGGUUAACAAAACUGGCAGCUAUGGUCGUGUUAUGGGAAGCAUUUCUAGUGCUGAUGGUACAUCUUACGACUUUACUGCAGCCCCGGUUCCAUUCGUGUUGUACAAUAGAUACACACAAUUUUUUUAUCUCAAAUUUUAUUAUCGUGAAAGAUGUUUCAUGUUAUACAUGAAAAGAUGUUUUAGGAAAUGGCAGCAAUGUGAUAUUUCAGUAUGGUUUUGGGAUAUUCCGGUUUUAUGUACACCUUUUCCUAUUGCUCUUAACAAAAUACCAGCAGAAAUUGUUUUUUGUUUUUUUUAAAUCAAGUUUUAAUUUAUGGUGGAACUCCUGAUUUUAUUGGCAGCACAUUUUGUUAGGCAUGGACAACAUGCUCAAAUAAUUUCGAGAAAUGACUGGAACUGUGAUUUUUUUAUUUGAUGUUUUGUUCUCUCAAGUUUUCACCAAAUUGCUGAUGGUGUCACACGUGGGAACUUCAGAUCCUAGUAUUGGAGGAUGUAACCAAGUGAGAUGGGUUUCAGCUUUUCCUGUGUCAUAUCAGUGUCUACCAACUCAAAUAAUCAGGGAUGAUGCAGUGAGCAAAGAUGUCUUCCUUUUUUUAAAAAAAGGAUGACCCGAUAUCAAAGAUGUGUGUUCCUCUGAGAAAGAGAGGAAGGAAGGAAACGUUUUAUUUAACGACGCACUCGACAUAUUUUGUUUACGGUUAUAUGGCGUCAGUCUUAUGGUUAAGGACCACACAGAUAUUGAGAGGAAACCCGCUGUCGCCACUUCAUGGGCUACACUUUUUCAAUUAUCAGCAAGGGAUUUUUUAUAUCUGAAAGAGAGACAGACAGAUAGAUAGACAGCAAGCCCUCUCAAGUAGUCCCAUACCGAAAAUGGAAAUACUGUGGCAUCACUAUUCAUCUUGAGGAUAGAGAGACGGAAUGAAAGCAUUCUGACAACACAUAUGUUUUUGCCCCUCUGAAAAAGGGUGACCUGACAAUAACUGUGAUUUCCUCCAUAAGGGCAACUUGACAACACACAUGCUUUCUCCAUUGAAUGAGGGUGAUUUGACAACAAAUAUGUUCGAUGUGGAUGGUCGAAUGACAGAGAUAUUUUCCUCCAUUCAGUGAGUGCAACCUGAUACAGGGCUGCUAGAAUGUUUAAUAGUAAUAACUGGAUAUGUCACCUAAAGAGGGAGAUAGAGCUUAAAAACACCAACAUUUGGGGUGGAGGUGGGGGGGUGGGGGGGGGGGGGGGGAGUAGGAUAUUCAUAUUUACAAAAUA